AAUUUUUUCUAAUCAUAACUUAAACACCCAUUGUUUGUCCAUCAAAUUGUAUUUUCCAUCUUCUAUCUCUUCACAUUGUAAAAUCGAUGAAAUCGCCUCCUUCCCCAUUGACCCAUCAUCACAUCCACUAGCCAUCGCGAAUCCACAGAUUUGUUUACAUCUGGUCCUCUCUCUUUAUAUUGAUCCGUUAGGGGAUUAAAUAAGAGACGCUGGCAAGACGGAGAAGAAAGGUCACUUCCGAAACGCCUCCAUAGAAAAUCUAUGGCGUUGCCCUGACAUUUUCAUCGGAUCCAUGAUGCCGAAACGCGUCUUCUUGUACCUGAUCUCCAUCGGGAGAUAGAGUCCAACAUCGCGAUGGUUGGCUUGUUAGGCUCGAGUGCUCGGCCACGCGAAGCUGAGAUAGUGGAGGAGGAUGAAUCGGAAAUUUGUGUUGCAUAUGCCGACGAUAACAACGCCUAGGAGACUGAUGAGCUCGCAGGAAAAAUUCUGCAAGUUUGAAAAGGUAUGAAACUCCAUCCCUUCUUCUAUUUUGGGUUUCUUUGCUCUAAUUCCUAUCUGUAUGCCUUCUUCUAUUCUGGGUUUCAUUGUUCUGAUUCCUAUUCGUUAUUUGCUUAAUGAUUCGUCUCUUCUGUCUUGGUCCUUCUAUUGUUUCGGUGCCAGAUAUUCCGUACGAGUUGGCCGUUCCCCGAUUAGCAACUUGUUGGGAUUUCUCAAUUCCUUUUCUGUGCGGAAUUGAUUGCCCAGAUCUUGCAUUUACUAGGUGGAUUCGAUUUGGCUUGUAAGGAAGCUCUAGCUUUUGUUUUGGUUGGAUCUAUUUCAUAUUCUAAUGGGUUGUUGCUGAUCUGGGGUGAAGUUUAAUCCCUUUUUAUAUAAAGGCGAAGUUUAAACCUUUGGUUGUUCGGGUUCUUCUUUUCCACUGUUCCAAUUGACACUCGAGUGAGCUUUCAGUACUUCUGUAAGACACUGCAGUUUGUGGGUGGAGGAAGACUCUCGCUUGAUACAUAAUUUUUAUGGAAGAUUAAUGCUUUGUUGUUGUUGAGAUGUAGCCUGAGCAACGAAAGAAGGUAAAAAUGUGUUGUUAUGCUUAUUGUUCAUGUGGUGGUGAUGCUCAACGUGACCAUCUAGUAGCUGGACUGGUUUCUGGAGGAGCUGGUGGUGAAAAGGAAGGUGUGGUACACAUGUAGAGGAGGCGAGGGAGUGGUGGCGUUGGGGUAGGUAAUUCCCGUAUUUCGUCUCUUCUUUACCUUCCUGACUGGGUCAUGAAUUUCCAACCAAGAUGUUUCUUAAUUAUCGCUUAUGUCAGUCACUUUCUAUGUUGGUGUCCUAAUGUUGGUCCAUUUUAGGUGCGGGUCUGGCCAAACUAUUUGCCAGUUUGGGUCUCAAGCUUAUUCUGUCAGCUCGAAAUGAGGUUGAACUGAAGAGAGUGAAGAAGCAACUUUCGGGUGUGUGUCUGGCAUGUUGCUCCCUACGAGUCAAAGAUUCUUGAUUUUCGCACUGCUAUAUCUUGAUUUACAUCUCUCUAAUGCUCUUCUUUCUGAUAUGUUUGCCUUGUGUUACAGGCAUGUUGCUCCCAACGAGUCAAAGUUUCUGCCUUUGGAUUUGGCGUCCAGUGAAGCCUCUCUUAAGGAUGAUGUGAAUUAUGAACGCCCUGUAAGUUUAAAUUUGUCCUUGUGUGGAAUUGCUAUACUUGUUAGCAAUGUAUUCUAUCACUGCAAUUGUCAGACCAGUAAAUAGAUGCAUAUAAAGUCUGAACUGCAAUGCUUUCAACCGAUCCAAGCAAAACAAACUUCCCCUGUUUCAUUUGAAUCGUUAUGUCUUGCUAUUCUGUAAGUGGAUUUGCCACCUUCACGUAGCUUUGUUAAUGUGAUAUUAUAUUUGCCAUAAAACACUUAGGUUAUUUCCUUGCAUAGAAGGUAAUUGGUGCGUAUAAGGUAACUGGUGCAUGGUUGCAAAAUAAAAGGAAAGAUCAUUUAAUUAGUAAGCCUGUUUAGUCAGAGAAAGAGGAAGUUCCUUUAUUUGGAUGAAUACCCCAUUAUUUUGCCUUCUUUAUAAGUGUUUUUGCCUUCUUUUUUCUGCGAUAUUCUCAACCUUGCUUUCCAGCUAUGUUAGGCGACUAAGGUUCCGUCUGCUGUUGUUAGAUAGUUAUCAUCCAACAAUUUUUUUGAUGUUUCGGCUUUAGAAGGUUAGAUUAGCUGUUGGAUUUUACACAAACCUAUAUAAAAUUGUGUUUUGCAGUUUUUCCACUGUGUUCUCCUCUUAGUGAAAGUUCUACCGAACCAUGGAUCCAAAAAUUGGGUAAUGGCCAUUGCUAUUUUACCUCCUUCACGAUUCUCUUCUGCUCCUGUUGUGUUAGUUCUAAUCCAUCGUUGCCCAGAUUUAUUUGUGUCUAUUAUUGCUGAUGAUUGUUUCUAUGACAAUUGAAAUUAGGGACAAGAGGUUGGCUAAAGGUAUCGAUGCUGAAAGUAGAGCAAAAAUGAUGAAAUAUUGUUCACAACGCAAGGUUUGAGAAGUUGAAGAGUUUAUUUAUUUAAAUUUUUUUCUUCCUUUAUGUUCCACACACCUUUAAUCAUACUGUUUCCUGCUUUUUCACAUGGUUUGGUUGUUUCUGGUUGCGUAGUUGUUGCUCACUAUUAGUAUUGUCGGUUUGUUUGUUCAUUGUUUUGUCAUCUAGUUUUUCUGGUUUUUAUGUUCAUGGUUUGAUUGCUUUUUGCUUAUCAUCGUCUGUUUUUUUAGUUCAUUGCUUUGUCAUCUAGUUUGGUGGGUCAUUAUCUUGUUUUCUUAGGUUGUCGCUCCUUAGCUUUCUUGCUAAUUUUCUAAUUUUGUUUAGGUUUCGUUCAAACACAGUGAUCCUUGAGUUGUAUAUCUCUUUUAUCUUGUAAUGUUAAUACAGUGGUAGUGGCCCACAUUAAAAAUAAGGGUUAAUACUUUAUUAUGGCCUGAACUAUGACCAUGUAAUCAACUUUGGCACAUGGUUUGAGAAAUUAACAUCCUGGCCCGAACUAUGUAGCAUAUAGACAGAAUUGGCCCGGAGCGUGGUUUGACCGUUUGUUUGGAUGGUCAACACCGUUGACCGUUAGUCAACUGUCUAGGUCACUGCCAUGUCGCAAAAAAAAAUUAUAAUUUCAUUUUUUUUAAUUUCAUUUACAAAAUUGAAUAAUAAAGAAAAAAAACAAUAACUUUUGGCCACCCAUCCCCACCUUAUCCCCUCACCUUCUUGGAAGCCUAAAAAAAAAAAAAUGAGAAGAGCUCUCUCUUCGCUCUUGGAUUGGCCGCUCCGACUGGGAGGUUGGCUGGGCCAGAUCUUUCUUACUCUAUUGCUGCAUAAUGUGGAGAAUCACAAGAGUGGUUGGCUACGAUCCCUAGAACAUAUCAUAGCCACGCGUGAUAGAGGGCGAGGCACCACAUACAGGUGGUCAGAGCAACUGGUGUCGCCGGCGACCUGUGCAAGUCUGGUAUUCGUGUCCAGAUUCGAAAUUUUAUCAAACCCAAAGGGGGGCUCUAUAAACGGACGAGACUACAGAUGCGUGAGGAUGUCAUACCCGCGCCUGAUUCUUCCUUGAUCAGUGGCCGACCAGCCAAAAGAUGCAGGUUGGGUCGGCUACCAGGUUGGAGAUGUUGGCUCCCUCCGUCGGAGGUGGUAGGCGAGGAAUCACUGUUAUCCAAGUCUGAAAGUUAUGUUAUGGCGGGUGGUAAUCCAAAGAGGGUUACUGACGACAAGUCCGACCGGAUCUCGGCAGUUGAAGAGUCGGCAAACUCUACAGGUUUCCCCGAUUUCUCGGCCGGCGGUUGAAAACCGGUUUUGUCUUCCUGCGCUUCCGCCGGCAAGACCCCCUGGACGACGAAGUGGGGAGCUUCUGUCCAGAGCCGUGGGACACUGGAUGUCUGCGUGGCGACGGUUAGGUCUGGAUCACACCCGGAUUUUGUGGGAUUGUUGGGCGGUUACGGGUGCGAGAUUAUCCGACGAAGGAAAUUGAAUCCCUCGCAUCCUAGUGGAGUUGCAAGUCCUAGUCCUCCUAUACCUCUGUUGCGACUAGGCAUCUUAAUUAUGAGGAGGGGUUUUGAGCCGGUUGCAGGAGGUGUAUUUAAAACCCUACGGUCUGGGUGGACGAACUCACCUCCCGAUCAAAUUAAACUUAGUGGUUUUCCUGCUAUCGAGCCCUUGUCUCAAGCAUCUGCUGCCGGUGUUUGCUCAGGUACGGAGAUUCCUCUUAAGCCAUUGUCAGGCUCUCCCUUCUUGAUAGCACCUACACCUCCGUCUGUUACGCACACUCCUGUCUCCCUCAUGGCGAGAAUACUCGUUCCGAAGGAGAAGCUUCCAGGGCGUAGUACACUUGAGACUAAUAUGUUAUCUCUUUCUCCUUGUCAGGGUCUGCGUCCGAUGCCUCACGUGAGCGAAGACCAAGUUCUUCAAUUCUCCCUCGAGGAGGUCCAGUCAACGAAGUUUUGUGCAUCUUGCACGAUCCUGGGGAGACUAUUCACAGCUGAUCAGAUCACGACUUUGGAGCUGCGAGCUGACCUGCUUGAUGCUUGGCAGCUUCGUGGACAGCUCAAGGUCUCGAGAACGAAGCAUGGGCUUUUUGAGGUAGUGUUGCCGAACGAAGAAGCGAAGAAGUGGGCGUUGGCACGUACCCCUUGGAUCAUCAAGGAUAAACUGUUUACGCUGCGCCCCUGGUCCCCAGUGAUCACCAAGCAGAUUUAUGAAGGUAUGUCCUUGGCCCUUUUCAGAUCCGGCUUUGGGGAGUACAGGAAGACUGUCGAACCACACUCUUUGGGCAGAAAUUCAUUGCCUCUGCCAUUGGGCAGGUUCUCCACUCGGGCAUCUUUGCUUGUACUGAGACGGGGGAGCAUUUUAUUAAAGUUCGGACGGUUGUUGACUUUGCUAAGCCUCUUCGAUCACAACUGAUGGCGGUUAGUGAAGAAAUGGACAGUUUUUGGGUGAGUCUCAAAUAUGAAUUCUUGCCAAGCUUCUGUUUCCACUGUGGACGUGUGGGCCAUGCUCUCUGCGACUGUGUCUUUGACCCUCCUCAAGGAAAAGAACGGUUUGGACCUCAUAUGGCAACUAAGAAGCUGGGACGUCAAGUCUAUGAUAAUGACGAGCACUCCAUGGGGAUUGGGGGAUCGAGGAAUUCGGUCUGGAUCAACUGCCACACGCGGGGACCGAUGGCCGAUACUAGGCGAAAGAAGGCCAACAAAGCUGGUCGCCAUCA